AUGGGCCUCGCGGCGAAGCUGAGGUCGUGGUCUCAGGAACUGACGGCGUACUUCAUCUACACUCUCCUGAUUGCCACGCUGGGCCCUCUUUUGUUUGGCUAUCACCUGGCCGAGCUCAACGCUCCCCAAGAAGUCAUCACAUGCGCCAAAAAGACUAUCACGACAGCGGCGGGCAAAAGCCGCCAGCCAUCCGCGUCCCUGUCCCUGUCCAUCUCAGGCCUGCCGCAGUGUAUCCCCAUGAACACGGCGCAGAUCGGGCUGGUAUCGUCCAUGUUCACUCUGGGCGGCCUGAUCGGGGCUUUGGCGGCGGGGCCCCUGGCAGCUCGAUACGGCAGACUAGUGGCCAUGCGGGCCAACACAGUCUUGCUCGCGCUGGGACCGGUGGCGGAGGCUUUGGCGCCUAAUAUCGGCGUGCUGGCGGCCGGGCGCUGGGUGUCGGGCCUGGGGGCAGGAGUCGCGGUGGUGGUGGUGCCCAUCUACAUCUCGGAGACGGCGCCGCCGCGCGAGAAGGGCUUCUUCGGCGCCUUCACGCAGAUCAUGACCAACAUGGGCAUCUUCACCACCCAGUUGCUGGGCUACUUCCUCAGCCGCGGGCAGCUGUGGCGCGUGAUCUUGGCCGUUGCCGGCAUGGUCGCCGUCGCCCAAUUUGUCGGCCUCCUCUUCGUCGUCGACAGCCCCGCGUGGCAGGCCGACCACGGCGAUCCGAGACAGGCCCGGGCGAAUCUCAAACGCAUUCGUGGGCCAAAUGUUGAUGUCAACUCGGAGGUUGCGGCGUGGAGAGUACAGCCUGCUGCUGCUGAUGGGACUGAAGAAGAAGAACAGCAGACGCUCCUCGGGAACAGCGACGGCAGCCCUCAAAGGUCGGGCGACCGGCCAACGACACCGGCGAAACACGACCAGGCCCCGGCGCUGGGGAUCCUCGGGGUGCUGAGGUCGCCGACGCAACGACCGGCGAUUGUGGCGGUGGUGAUGGUGAUGCUGGCGCAGCAGCUGUGUGGGAUCAACAGCAUCGUCAUGUACGGGGUGUCGCUGCUGGCGGACCUGCUGGCCAGCAACUCGGCGCUACUCAACAUCCUGGUGAGCAUCCUGAACGUUGUGGCGACGACUGGGUUCGCGCCGCUGGCCGACGUGCUGGGCCGCAAGACGGUCAUCUUGGCCUCGAUCGCCGGCAUGGCCGUGUCGUCGGUCCUGCUGGGCCUGGGCAUCCGCUCAUCCAUUCCCGUCUUGUCGGCCGUCAGCGUGCUGCUGUUCGUCGCCAGCUUCGCCUUUGGCCUGGGCCCCGUGCCCUUCAUCCUGGCCUCGGAGCUCGUUGGGCCCGAGGCGGUCGGCGCCACCCAGUCCUGGGCCCUCGCGGCCAACUGGAUCUCCACCUUCAUUGUCGCGCAGUUCUUCCCCGUGGUCAACGAGCGCCUGGGCAAGGGCGUCGUCUAUUUCGUCUUUGCCGCCCUGGCGGCCGCCUUCUUCCUCUUCAUUUCCUACUUCGUCCCCGAGACCAAGGGGAAGAAGGACGCCGACGAGGUCUGGGGCCGACCUCCCCGGAGAGAAGAUUGA